AUGUUCAAACUGCUUACGUUUAACGAAGAAGCAUAUCAGCAUAAGAUCUUAUCAGCCGAUAACGGUAUGGUGUUUUUUGUUAUGAAGCCGAAAAAAGACACUAGACCGUCGAAUGGAGUGCAUAAAAGCCCGACGCAGUCAGCACCAAAAUCACUUCUACCGAAAUGUUUCACUUUCGGAUUCUCGCUUCGGUCAUACUUCUGCAGUAUGCAGCUUCAACAAUCAUCGACGAGUGAGUGCUAUUCAUUCGUUAUUCGAUGGCUAAACGAUCACUGCGACGGAGAUGGUCUAACAGUGGGCUGUCAACAUCAUUCCGAGUUGUCGCACAUGAUCCUUCACCUCAAGAAAGAGAUUAAUCGCGUCCGAGGAGAAGUCGAUCCAAGUUGUACCGUUUGUUGGAGCGGACCAUGCUUGAAUGGAGCUACCUGUGUACCACUGAACUUCACUAAUUACAGGUGCGACUGUCCACCAGAUUAUGCGGGUGACAACUGUGAGAAGCAUCUGGAAUGUAAACCGAAUACCUGCGGUGCAAAUGCGAAAUGUUUCGUUGCGUAUCAUCAAAUCAACUGCGCGUGCUUACCGGGAUAUUCAGGCGAUCCAUGGAAAGGAUGCAUAAAGAAGAUGGCACAGGCAUGCAUGAGUAACGAUCCCCACUAUUGGACAUUCGAUGGACAGUACUACGAUUACCAGGGAACAUGCCCGUAUGUUUUCGUUGAGCCGUGCAAUGGUACUCUACCGCAACCGUACAAUUAUUUCUCAGUUAAAGCGAAAAACGAGAAACUUUCACCAACUUCUCAGUGA